AUGCUUUUACCGCUCGUAAAGCCAGGAUUGCUGUUUCCCGGCGCGACCGUGGAGAAUGAGACGCGCUGCAUUCGUAGUCGUCUAGAAGCACUCCACAAGCAAGGUUUCCGGCGCAUCGUGCUGGUAUCCAACACUCCGGUGCAAUAUGCGCCCGAAGUGGUAGCCUACGGUCCCAAUGCCACGGCCGAAGCUCAAGAAUACUCUGAAAAGAACAAUGAGCAACAAGCUGUGGUCGUGCAGGGAUUGCUAGAAAAGUUCAACUCCAAAUUGCGCAGAGGAGAAGUGAGGAUCACCAUUGAUGUUUUCCCUGCUUACGAGCUAUUUGAUAGAGUGCACAAGUCGGGUGUAGAGUAUGGCUUCAAGGACACUACGACGCCUUGCAGCGCCUUGCCCAGCUGUGACGGCUACUUUUGGUACGACGGUGAGUUGAGAGCGUGAUUUAACGCAAUCAUACAGAGAGGCAGCGCUGAAAUUUUGGCCUCACUUUUCUCCUCCUUCUGGACGUUGUUCAGGUCUACAUCCGUACACUAGAUUCUGGCACAUCUUUGCCAGAAAAAUGACUCGCUUUGUAGUAGACGGCGCUCGUGGCCUGGAUCUGAUUCAGGGCGAUGAAGGCGUUGCUGCACCUUGA